UUAAAAGUCAUAUAUAAAUUAAUUUCGGAAGACCGCCCUUCAAUUUUUUUUAUUUUUUUACUUAUUAUAUUAUGUCAUCUCAUAAUAAAGAUUAUUAUGAGACAAAAAAAGAAAGGACCAAGUGGGAAAAAAUAUCUCGUGCCAUAUGGAAUCCUGACAGAAGAGAAUUCUUAGGGCGGACAGCAGCUAGCUGGGCUAAGAUAACAGGAGCUUACAUAAUCUUUUACUCGUUUCUGGCUGGGUUUUUUGCAAUCAUGAUGUACAUCUUUCUAAGGACUCUAAAUUUAUACAAACCCAGAUACACACUUUCCGGUAGUAUUAUAGGAACCAAUCCAGGUUUGGGUUAUAGACCUCACGUGGAUGUCGAAAAAAAUUUGAUAUAUUUCAAUCCCAUGAAGCCCUCUACCUACGCUCCCUAUGUAGAUGACUUGAACAAAUAUCUUUUAACUUACGAAACCAGCGAUCAAUCAGAAGGGGAAGGAUUCUUGAAUUGCGAUGAACAGAAAAAAUCUAACGAUCAACAGGUAUGCCGAGUCGACAUCAAAAAAGUGUCAUCCAAAUGCGACAAGUCCACAAAUUUCGGUUAUACAGAGGGUUCACCCUGUGUACUUUUAAAGCUUAAUAAGAUAUAUGGAUGGAAACCCCGGCCUUACGAUGACGAUAAGAUUCCCAUCGAGGUGGGAGGUAAAUAUAGGGGUAGAAACGUGGUCAUUCGAUGUUUCGGAGAAACGGCAGCUGAUAAGGAGAACAUAGGUGAGCUUUCCUACUACCCUAAGGAUGGUAUCCCUGAAAAAUAUUUCCCUUACCUCAAUCAGCGAGGUUACCAAACUCCCUUUGUUAUGGUUCAAUUUAACCAACCAGAGAGGGGUGUCCUCAUUAACGUAGUAUGCAAGGCUUUCGCCGGAAAUAUACAACAUGACAAACCCAAUGAGGAGGUCAAGCUUAAAGGGGCCGUUCAUUUUGAACUGCUGAUUGAUUGAUUGUUUGAAGGAUUUAUGGGACAAAUUUGAAAAGGCUAAACCAUCAACUCUUCUGGAACUUUUUUUGUAAAUUUAUAACUACCUAUAAUCCACAAAACAUGCGCCUAAAAUAAAAUUAAAAUAAUUGUGAAUAUAUUUUAUAUAAUAAGGUAAAAUCACCUGUUUAAAGAAAAAUGUGAAUUUACUUUACGUAUGAUAUUUUGAAAUGUAUAAUUUUGUCAUGCAACCACUUAAUAUUUGGAAUUAUCACAACUUUUUUAAACAUGAUAUAUAAUCCAAGUCCAACAUAUUCCUAUCGCAUAUUUUAU